AAUCAUCACCCAGAAUAAAAACCUUCAAAAGUCAUCAAAAAGAAAAAUCCUUAGAAGUUAUAAAGACAGAAACACAAUCCCAAUUUUGUUUGAGAAGAAAAUGCAAUCUAAAUAUGUGAACCUACAAAGAGCAAACAAAUUUAAAAUCACAGACAGAAAUCUUACUGUACCUAUAGAAUUUAUUCUCUUGGGAUUUUCUGAUAUUCCCAAAUUGCACUGGCUUCUCUUUGGUAUCUUCCUCUUCAUCUACAUGAUUAUCCUGCUGGGAAAUGGCAUCAUCAUUCUAAUCACAAGGGUUGAGCCCACUCUGCAAACCCCCAUGUAUUUUUUCAUCAGCAAUUUUUCUUUCCUAGAAAUUUGCUAUGUUUCAGUCACUCUCCCUAGGAUGCUUAUGGAUCUCUUCACACUGAAAGGAAAUAUUUCUUUUCUUGCCUGUGCUACACAAAUGUGUCUAUUCCUUAUCCUGGGAGCCACCGAAUGUUUCCUCCUGGCUGUGAUGGCCUAUGAUCGCUAUGUGGCUAUCUGCAACCCUCUGCUGUAUCCUGUAGUUAUGAGUCCCAAGGUGUGUACCCAGCUAGUGGUUGGUUCCUGGGUCAUUGGUAUUCCCAUUCAGGUGGGGCAGACAUAUCAGAUUUUGUCUCUGCCUUUCUGUGAAUCUAACCAAAUUAAUCACUUCUUCUGUGACAUACCUCCACUACUCAAAUUGGCAUGUGGGAACAUCGUUGUGAAUGAAAUUGUGGUCUUUAUUUUCGCAGUAUUGAUUGUCACAGUCCCAUUCAUGUUAAUCCUUGCAUCUUACAGCAGGAUCAUCUCAAACAUCUUGAAGUUGCCAUCAAACACAGGAAGGACAAAAGCCUUUUCUACCUGCUCUUCCCACCUUAUAGUUGUGUUUUUAUUCUAUGGAUCAGCUAGUAUCACCUAUUUAAAACCUAAGUCCAAUAAGUAUGAGGGGACAGACAAACUUCUCUCUGUGUUUUAUACCAUUUUGACUCCAAUGUUCAAUCCCUUGAUAUAUAGCCUGAGGAACAAAGAUGUCACAGGAGCACUAAGAAAAUUAUUUACCAGAUUGUUAGCAUUGUGAGUCAAUUAAAGUCAGA